GCACAGAAUAGCACAGAUUUAGCAGAAUAGCACAGAUUUACCGCUUCUCAGAAUUGCUUUCAAUGAAAACGACAGAUCUAUAACUCAGACUUUGACGUGAAUUUGGUCACAUUGUUAUUCAUAGCUAAAAGAAAGGGGAAGUCUGUCAGACACACUUGAGAGCUUAGAAACUUGCUACGCGAGGCUACAUUUUCUAAAUCAUGGGCAAACUGUCUGUCUUUUUGUUUGUUCUUUCCUUUUGCACCAUAGUCAAGUCAGGUUCAGGAUCACAUUCUCUGUGGGCACUUGCAACAUAUAUAAGUGGAGAGACGCCUUUCCCUGAGUUUACGGUUGUGGGGAUGUUGGAUGAUGUUCAAGUGACUUACUAUGACUCCAACAUGAAACACUUCAUCUACAGGGGUCAUAACACCUCAGACAAAAUACAUGAUGACGAAGCUCAGGAUGGAGCUUAUGUAUUCGGAAUUAUGUACCACCACAUGAAAGAGAGAUACUUUCACCUAAAGCACCACUUGAAUCUCACGGAAGGUGUUCAAGUUCAGCAAAGAAUGGCUGGCUGUGAGAUGUUGGACAAUGGUGAACCAGCCCUGAUCAUGACAAAGAACAUUUUCAAUGCAGUUUUUGCAGAUCAUGCAAUAUAUUACAACAUGACACAUUUUACAUAUGAUGCUGGUCAACUACUGCAAGGAUGGGAUGGAAUAAGGCAAGCAUAUCAAAGAACUGUUUAUGAGAAUUUUUACGUUCCCAUUUGCAUCAGAACACUGAAGAGAUUCCUGAAGAGGGAGAAGAACGUUGUGAUGCGUAAAGUUCCUCCCAGACUCAGGUUGAUAAAGAAAGAGGUUUCUGGAGGGUUCCAGGUGAGCUGCCUGGCGUUUGGUUUCUACCCCCGCCACAUCAACAUGACCCUGCUGAGAGACGGCCAGCCAGUGGCAGAACAGGAGCUGACAGGGGGGGAGGUGCUGCCUAGUGGAGAUGGGACCUACCAGCUGAGGAAGAGUCUGGAGGUCAGUACUGAGGAGCUAAAGAAGAGACACAACUACACCUGUACUGCCUCUCACCUCAGUCUGGACAACAAGCUGGAUGUCAGUUGGGAGUCUGGGACAGAGAGAGUUCACCUAUCCACCCUCUCAGCUCUACUGGUGAUGCUGCUGGUUGUUAUUCUAUUCAGCAUUUUCAUUUGUGUCAAAAGGAGGUGGAGUAACACUGCCUCACAGUCUAAACUUGCCAACAUUGAUGCAACAGUGUCAGAGAAAACAAACCUUUCUUCAGUUUCUGAGACCUGAUACAUUUUUGGGACACUGAUGCACCUUUGUCAAUUCAGCUCAAAUCACAAUGAAAAUAUGACUCCCAGAGCACCUAUCAGAGCAGACACAAAAUGUAUGAAUGAUUCUGUUAUGGUCAGUCAAUCUUCCCUUACCCACAAUAAAAGAGUGUAAAGGAUCCGUUUGGGGAGACGUAACCAA